AUGCCACACCUCGAAUCUUCCGCGUCCCCGACACCGACACGGAGGAGCCUCUCCACCUUAAGAAAACCCGUCCGCGGCGACCGUUCCGUUGACGGUGGCGACAGCGCUGCCGUGGUGGACGCCAUCCGCCGGGCCACGGUGGAGUGGGGUUUCCAUUUCUUCCACGUGACGGGUCACGGUGUACCCAACGAGGCGAUGCACGCGGCGGUAGUGGGCGUUCCACGAAGCCGACGGCGGGGACGGCAUGUCGGCAGCGACAAGAGGCGGCUCUACUCGCGGGAGCCCGGGAAGGCGGUCAAGUACUACUGCAACUUGGACCUGUUCCAGUCGCCCGUGGCCAACUGGCGCACACGCUCUACUCGCCGCCGACGACGACCUGCCCGAGAGCCGCAGCUGCUCUCCGAGUCGCUUGGGUUCAAACCGAGCUACUUGAGUGACAUAGAGCGCAACCAGGGACAGACUAUAGUAGGCCACUACUACCCUCGAUGCCCCCAGCAUGAAGUCGCCAUGCUUUGGGAGUUUGGGACGAGACGGCAUUCGGACUCUGGAUUCCUGACCAUAGUUCUGCAGGACCAGAUUGGAGGCCUCCAGAUCCUCCGCGAUGACCGAUGGGUCGACGUUGAGCCAACGCCUGGAACAUUUGUCGUCAACAUUGGCGAUCUCCUGCAGUUGGUCUCCAAUGGCAAGUUCAGCAGCGUGGAGCACAGAGUGGUAGCAAACAAUGGCGAACCAAGAGUUUCCGUCGUGUGCUUCUUCAACACUUUCUUCCAUCCGGCUUCCACAAGGAUGUAUGAUCCGAUCAAAGAGCUGCUGUUGGAGGAGAAUCGUCCUUUGUAUAGGGAAACACCCGUCAGAGAUUACGUGGCACGUUACUUCGCUGUUGGACUGGAUGGCAGGGAGAAGACUGCUCUAAAUGAUUUCAGGCUGAUGGCUGCUGCUAGUGCAAAUGAGAGUGUAUGUGCAAGCACGGGAGCAUCCCCUGCUACUGCUCCGGUUGGCACAGGUGAAUCAGCACCUAACCCCCAACCUCCUGCUACUCUGGCAUUGAAGGAAACAACCACGGUUGCUGGAGGUGGAGGUGCUGCAAAUGUUGUCAUUACCGAGGAAGAGACUGGAGUAGAUGGAACUUGCAGUGCGGGAGUUGAGCCUUCUACAAAGAGACAAAAGAAGACUACCUCAAAGGUUUGGGAUUUUUACACCAAGCUCACAGUGACACACAAGAGAGAUGAUGGAACGACAGAGGUACAAGUUUGGGCGAAAUGCAAGAAGUGCAGUUACAAAACUCGUGGGCAACAUAAAGGGACUGUACUGGCAAGUGAAUUUAUCAAGGGAAUCAUGUCUUGGAACCUAGAAAAGAGGUUAUUUGCACUCACCCUAGACAAUGCUUCGAACAAAAAUAAAUGUGUGAUAUCAGUUGUGAAGGAGCUUAAUAAACUUGCUAAGCUGCAGAAGUAUUCUCCUUUGAUAUGUGGUGGCAUUUUCUUCCAUGUAAGGUGUUUAUGUCACAUAUUAAAUUUGGUUGCUCAAAAUGGAUUGACAGUGAUUGGAUCUGCAGUUAAAAAUAUUAGAGCUAUCAUUGUUAUUCUGAAGAACUCUCCAUUGCAGUGGGAGGAAUUUGAAAAGUGUGCUGAUUUUUUUAAUUUGAAUAAUAAAUCUGGUCUUCCAUUGGAUGUUUCUACAAGAUGGAAUUCAACAUAUGAGAUGUUGAGUCAUGCUAUUUAUUAUAGGAAUGCUUUUGACAGGCUAGUGUAUUUACAUAAGGAUAAAUAUAAGCAUUGUGCUCCUUCAGAUGAUGAAUGGGAGAUGGCUGCAUCUUUUUGCAAGUGUUUGAAGUUAUUUAAUGAUGCUACGGUGUUGUUUUCUGGAACUCAAUAUCCAACAGCAAACAUGUUUUGGUGGAAAUUCUGUGACAUAAAGUUAGCAAUUACAGAGUGGUGUGCAAGUGCUGAUAUACUUAUUGCUUCUAUGGCUCAGGCCAUGCAAGAGAAAUAUGACAAGUAUUGGAAAAAGUCCAACAUUGCCCUUGCUGUGGCAUGUUUCCUAGAUCCUAGGUACAAGAAAAGGCUGAUAGAAUAUUUCUUACAAAGGAUUUACAAAGACAGGGCUCCUGCUGAACUUAGUCUGAUCAUGGAUGUUGUGAAACGAUUGUUCAAAGCCUACUUGUCUAGUAUACCGAGUCAAACAUCGAAGGCUAGUGCACAAUCUGAACCUAUUGUAGCUCCAGCUCACACAUCUGAGGAAAAUGCUGAUAUUGAAGAAUUUUUGUAUGAGGACGAAGUGAAUCGUAGUGAGGUAAAAUCAGCUUUCAGUUGUAGUGGGCGUAUUGUUAAUAAAUUUCGCACUCGCCUUGAUCCUGAGAUGGUCGAGGCACUAGUUUGUUCAAAAGAUUGGGGCCUUGCAUCUAAGAAAGAUCGCAACUAUAAGAUAGCAUCAAUUCUCGAAGACUUUUGUGAUACUGUCAGCACUCUAGCAGAUGAGGCUGAGACUGAGAACCAGGCUACUGAAGAAGGCAGUGGCAACGCCGAGGACCAUGAGGACAGCGACUUGGAUGACAUGGACGGUUGGAUUUGGACUACUGAAGAUUGA